CCAGGACCGUCCAGGGAAAACAACACGUUUCAUCGCCCUAACUUAUUAAGAAAUUAAUAUAAGUUAAAAGAUGACCUAUACCUUUUAGCACUGCGUGAUUCUUGUAAACAUAUUCUAGUUGUUGUCGAAGUCGAUCGUUCUCCUCCCUUGUUCGGGAAAGUUCCUCCUCGUACGACACUAUCGUUCUUUCAAACUGCGAAAAUAUCUCAUCUGCUGCCGACAUUAGUCGCUCCUUCACCAACUCUUUCAACAUGUUGCGGUUGUCUUGUAAACUACUUAAAACGUCGCUUUGUCUUCUUCAAUUAUUUGUUACUAACUUCCGCCUUUUUCUUCUUCUGUGGUUUUUACGGCGGUUAUCUCUCCUUGACGUUACGCGGCUGCCAUCUUUUGGCGGUAUUGAAGACUGCUCAAGAUGAGAACUGGGGAACAGUAAGUAGAGCUGCAGAGAAGUCACAAUAUAAAUGCUUAAAAAAAAACAAAUAAUAUAUGCAUGGUGGAUAUGGUGGAUAGUCGAGAUUCAGACAGCAUGCAAUAUUGUCCAGAGCAGUUUCCACAUUUCCUCAAUGAUGAUACCCACUGCAUCAUGCGGUUCCCUCACAGGAAUAUAACUCUGUGUUACUCCCUGUGAGACCAAAUUAUAAUAAUUAAUACCAUGACAAAUUCAUUUUUUGAUAGCAUGUAAAAGGUGUUGCAACAUGACACUUUUAGUGAAUAUCAGAAAUCUAUUGAUAACAAUCAGUCAUGGUCAUAAACACUGGAACCCCUGUGUCCCACCCUCUGUCAGAUUGAAAGGGAUGAUAACUGAGGUUGCUGUAUAUUAAGAAAGAUACAAUAUUGUGCACUAUUUAAGAACUGGCGCGGAUCUCAAUGUAGAACCUAGACAACAACAAGACUACAAGUUAUGAAGAAGUACAUUAUUGACGCACAUUAUCGCAAAUAAAAGAUGUGGAAUGUUGGAUCUGGACCCUGGGCUACUGCCUUUCUGUAAGAAUGCAAAGGUAUUAAUUCAGUUUAAUCUCAAAAUAGCUUUUUUUUACACACACUUAUGCUUUAAUAAAAAAGUUUAUUUGAUGUUUCUUUGUAAUUUGCAAUAAGCAUGACAUUACUUAUUGAUUGAUCACUCAGCUACCUGAGCAGGAGAGUGUUUGCGCGUGCGCAGUCAACAUGUGGGUCACGCGAAACCGUAUUACACAAACUUCAACCCUCCGCCAAUGAGUCGCUGAAACAAACAUUCUCGCCCUGGUAGCGGCGAGAAUACUCACAUUGAGCAUGGAUUAAAAUACAUCUUGACUAUUGUUAGCUACAGUGAGAUGUACAAUGAAUAGCCUGUUUACACUGGCUAGAUAGAGUACCUGUAGUAGCGGUUUUCAGGGCGCUAACUUGUGGGAUUAGUUUGCAUGCAGCGUUGACAGCGGAUGCUGACGACGGUGGGAAGGGCUGUGAGGUGUUCAAGAUGGCGGCGCCCUGUGGAGUGAAGCUACUCUAACAGAGGUGCCUGGAGACUGAAUUGGUGGGUGGCCCCAAGGGAGUCCUCCAGGCAGGAAGGGGCGGACACCGUGUGAGAGAGAGACACUGCCUCCACCUCCAGCACUGCCACCAUGGCCCGGGAGCAGCCCAGCAUGGGGGAUCUCCUCCCGCUCCUGGAGACCUCCGACCUCCACCAGCUAGAAGAGAUCAGAGGCCUUAUUAAUGAGCAGCUCAGCACUGAACGAGGGUCUGUGCUGCUCAACGGGCUGGUGGACUACUUUUUAGAAACCAACUCUUCCGAGGCCAUGCAUAUCCUCUGCUCGGUCAGAGAGCCACAUGACAAGCACCUUCUGGACAAGAUGAACGAGUGUAUGACCAAACAGUCUUGCCGGCUGCCCACCCUCACCAUGCUCGGCCAUGUCAUCCGCAAGCAGCCUUCCUGGAUCCACAAGAUUGCUCGAUAUCCUCUUCUACUCUCACUACUCAAAUGCCUGAAGACUGAUACGGAUGUUGUGGUGCUGAUUACCGGGGUGUUGGUGCUGAUCACACUACUUCCCAUGAUUCCUCAAGCAGGGAAACAACACCUGUGGGAGUACUUUGACAUUUUUGGUCGCCUGGCGUCUUGGAACCUGAGGAAUCCUGGGCAUAUUUCAGAGGUUUACUUGAUCCACCUUCACGCCAGCGUCUACUCGCUCUUUCACCGUCUCUACGGCAUGUAUCCUUGCAACUUCGUGUCCUACCUGCGUUCUCAUUACAGCAUGAAGGAAAACAUGGAAACCUUUGAGGAAGUGGUCAAGCCAAUGCUCGAACACGUCCGUAUCCACCCUGAACUAGUGACCGGAACCAAGGAUUACGAGCUUGACCCCACCAGGUGGAAAAAGUAUGAAAUCCACGAUAUUGUCAUUGAAUGUGCCAAAGUCUCUCUCGACCCGAAGGAGGCCUCCUGUGAGGAGGGAUACGCCACCAUGCCUGAGAACUUUUACCCUCAAAUCCACCUGCGGCCACAAGACUGCACGUCCAGCCCUUACACAGACCUCUACAGCAGCUAUGGAAGCUCCUCAUCAACCCCGUUUUCCACUCCACGGCAGCCCCUGCCCCCGCCCUUGUCUUUGCCCCCCUUCUCAGGGACACAGACAACCAGCCGUAGCCCACAGACUUCCAAACGCCAGAACUCCACUUGUGAACUUAACGCCUCCUAUGGGGGUAAGGACCCACUAUGGAGCCCCUCCUCCUUGUGUGGAAUGGCUACACCCCCUUCAUCCAGGGGCAUGUCACCCAACUUCGAGCUCUCCCACAGUGCCUCGCACCUUCCCAGCCGCUUCCACAACACCUCGGGAGGGAAAGGAACACCUGCCUCCAGUACUCCAGCCACCUCAUCACCACCUCCCACACUAUCAGAUGAAUUUCCUAUUAUCUCCUUACCGGCCAACACAAUCCAGUCCAGUCCACCUAGAAAAGAACGGAGACACGGAGACAGUGGUAAGCCUGCCCUCGUGAGACAGGACCCUGUGAAAGACUCAGAAAAACUUGGAGCCCCAAACAGAGAUGCAGGAGAUGCUGAGAAUGUGUCCAUGACAUUGACGGAGCUGUCAUUUUUCAUGAAGAAACAGGAGUUGGAGCUUCAGCUUAGAAUUGAAAAAGAGAAAGAAGAGGCGGCCAUCACAGAGGAGCUUCUGAAGAUCACUGAAGAUAAGCAGGAACUGUUAGGCCUGAGGGGUUUUGACUCCCCUUUCUAUCGCACCACUGAGACUCUGACGGGCUGCCAGACACAAGACAAGAACCUCACCAACAGCCAACCUGAAGGGUCCGUCAUGGACACACGCCAUGUGGUGUCAACACCAGACAAAGUGGAGAACACCGCAAGUACCAGUGGUGUCGAACGUGGAGGGGGAGUGGGAGAUACUCGGAGUUCAGCCAUCGGCCUUGAACAAUCCUGGCCCUUGUUGACUGGGUUUACACCCAUUGAUCACCACCUGUAUCGGAGUUCAUCUGCCCCGGAGGACGAAGUGGGCAAGUUUGGGAUGUUCUCGCCAAGUCCAUGCAGCAAGACUCCUGCCCCGGUGCCAUACGAGGUGUUCUUUGACCUCGCUUUGCCCAGGGCAGCCUCGCUUUACGUGGGCCAGAAGACGUCCGAGGCCAUCCACAAGGCGGCACUGGAGAGGUCUUCAAGACGGGAAGAGGGGCUAGAAGACGGGGACGAGGAGGGGGUUGUGACUACUUCACCACUGGAGGUGCUGGAUCGCCUUGUUCAGCAGGGGAGUGAUACUCAUGAUAAAGUCCUUAAGAGAUUACCUUUGCCAAGUAAGUCAGCUGACUGGACGCACUUUGGAGGGUCGGCUCCUACGGAUGAGCUUCAAACGCUGCGCAGCCAGCUGCUCCUGUUGCACAACCAGUUGCUGUAUGAGCGCUACAAGAGGGAGCAGCACGCCGUCCGCAAUCGGCGCCUUCUGCGGCGCAUCAUCAAUGCCACUGCACUUGAAGAGCAAAACAAUGCCAUGAAGGACCAGCUUAACCUGCAGAGUGUGGACAUCAUGUCUCUGAGGGAGAGUCUACAGGUGGAACAACAGCGGUACAGGCAGCUGUGGGACGACCGGGAGACGGUGGUGACCCGUCUGCACAGUCAGAUCAGACAGUUGCAGCAGGGACGAGACGGCUACGACACCAAGAACCAAGAGCUCCAGAGCAAGUUACAGGAGUGUCAGAAAAGGAUGGAUGAACUUGAGGCAGAGCUUCAGGGGGCAAAUAACCGAGUCUGUCACACUGGACACCUGCUCAAACAGAUGACCAUCAAGCUGAGCAACAGUGAGUGCACCCAGCAGCAAAUGAGCUUCCUGAACAAGCAGCUACUGCUCCUCGGGGAGGCGCAUAAGCUGUCCAAGCAAGAACUCCAGCAUGUAGGUGCAGAUAAUACCAAGAGACCCACCACCCAGGAAGCCCAGAUGCUACAAGCAUCCUGCAGAAAAGAAGUGGAGGCUCUGAGACAGAGCCUGCUGGUUCAGAGUCAGAAACUCGAGGCAGCACAUCACAGGGCCGCCGAAUUGGAGACACUCCUCUCCAAGAAGGAGCAUCUCAUUGCAGAACAGAAAAAGUUUCUCGAGGAUGUAAAAUGUCAAGCAAAGGUAGAGCUGCAGGCCUCGGACAGCAGAUAUCAGGCUCAGAGAAGAAUCACUCAACUGCUGCAGACUGAACUCCUGCAGCUUUACAGCAAAGUUGAAAUGGAGGCUCCAGGUAACGGUGCCGAUUGCUUGCCACCGGGGGGCAGAGCGGAGCCACACACAGCUGCUGACUCCAGCAUCCUGGUGCCUGAUGGACCAAGUAAAAGUUGUACUAACGAGGAGAUGGAUGGUCGACCACCACAUGACUCACCCUGCGGUAACGGCAGCACUUUAUUACUAGGGCAACCAAAGGCAAGCAAAUCUUCCAAGACUACAGCCAACUCGGUCAAUGGCAGCCCGGAGCCAGGCCCGUCCCUAGUAGUGGAGCCCCCCCUGUCCUGCCCCCACACCAAUCUGCUUGCACCUCUGCCCGCAUCUGACACACCACUCACCGUGGGCUCCUACCCCAGCGCCAAAAGCUUCCUUGGCAUGAGGGCGCGCGAGCUGUUUCGCAACAAAAGUGAAAGCCAGUGUGAUGAGGAGCAGCCAUCGCAUCCUCGGCUCGCCGGCCUCGCCCACGGAUUGAAGACUGAGCUGUGCACGGAGUCCCCGUGCCCUGGUUACGUCGCCCGUAUCAGCCCCGCACCCUCCCACACUCCGACUAUCUCGACCCAGCCUCUUACCCCUGCCGCUCCUGUCACCUUACCCACCAAGGAUCCCUCUGAGCCUAAACAGAAGGCCCCCGGUCAGGAAAGCCCCCGUAGGAAGGUAGGGCUGGGGCCCGGCGGAGGGCGAGGCCUAGCAGGGACAGGGAGGCCCAGACAACAACCGCUAAAGAUCAUGGACUACAAUGAAACGCAUCAUGAGCACAGUUAGAGACACAACUGAGCCGGGGGAGAUUGAAGCUUGAGAUUGAGAUCUACAAAUCAGCAAAAGAGUAAUAUGUCAACAACUCUUUCAAAGUCAGUGUUAUUUGUUCCAUUCCUUUGAGUGGACAACAGGAUUCCAUUCCCCUCCUUCUUUUUCCUUUAUUUUCCCCAGACAAUGACGCAAAGCUUUAUGUACUAACAGUGGAUAUACUGAGCGGUGACGCACCUUCAAUCCAUUCAUAUAAAGUAUAAGUAUUUUUUGCUCCUACAUAAUGAUAGAGAGGUUUAUCAUGUGAAAAGCAAAGUGUUGACAGAAAACUGUCCCUAACAAUGGACCGGUGCCAAUAUAUCUUAGGAAGCAGUGGCAAAACUGCAAUCGUGCUGCUCUGUAAGGGUGGUCCUUAGAUUACGGACAAGUUCAAUUUCUAACCUGUGAUGGACAAAUGGCACCACACACAAAUGAAAUCAAACACUACCAUCUUAAAAUAUUGUUGCAGUCUUGUCUGCAAUGAUAACCUCAUUUCGCAGAUAUUGUAACAGCGCACAGAAUCCAUGACCCCUUCUAGAAUUCAUUAGUAUUCGUUAAACCUCCUUAAUAAGUCCUGUUAUUCUGUAUCACUGUUCUGUAUCACUACUUCUAGAGCGUUCUUGUGUUUACGGACCAAAAUUGCAUUUUUUAAAAUUAAUUCACUGGAGCGCAUUCAUGACCAGGAUAACAUCGUAAACCGAAGACUGUCUGUAUUUUAUUUUUCAACACUGUCAGCUAUUCCUUGUGUCUCAUUUGAGCUGGGUGUUAAAACCUAAGUCGCUGUUUCCUGGCGUUCACCUGGGGUGAAAAAACACCAUAUCAUGAUUCAGAAUCAAAAACUAACAUUUCCAAAACAAUUCCAGUGAGUUUUUGUCCAGAAUGAUUGUGCUGUGUGUAGAGGAACAUGUCCGUUCUUGGAUUUCCAGAAGGAUACAAAAUGAAAAGUGUGUGUAUGCAUUUUUAUCGACGCCACAUGUAUUUGCAUUAUCUUGUUUAAUCUAAAUUGACAUCAGGAAGUGACCAAGCUCUACAAUAUUAACAUUUGCUUCAUUGUAUUCUUCAAUACUACCAGGAAUCAUCAGUCAACAGAAGUAUGUAGUGUCUUUUUCCCUGGAAACCUUCUCACUAAAUCCUGUUGUCCACCGGGAACUCCUGCUGUCAUUUCCUUCUGCUGCGCUAUCUAUAGCAUGUUCAACAAUCCACUUUAAAUGCCAACAGUAGUAAUUAAUGCAACCUAAGAUGGAAGGUACACCCUGCACAACCUGAAGAAAGCAGGACUCGUGACUGGACGACAUGGCGACAAAGAACGUUUUUAAAGCAGUGGCUUGUGUUUAACUGUGAACAAUAAAGAUCGUCUUCAAUGUUUUGCACUAUAA